AUGAUUGUCAGCAGCAAAUCCAUAUUCUUGGAACACAAGCAAACCUAUCACUCACUUAUGGAUGAUCCUUCACACUUAGCUCUAGCCAUAGAGAAGGAGCAGCAUCAAGAUUUUGGUUCUUCUGCUCUGUUUUUGGCUCAAAACAAUCAGUAUUUGAGUCAUAACAAUGAUCUUUUAGCUCUCGGAGAACUAGCUACUCAGCAAAAAUUUGAUGACAAGAUUCAAACUGGUCUCUUACUCAACAGAAAAAACAGAUUCCUGAACAAGCCACCUAUCAAGCAAACCUAUCACUCACUUAUGGUUAUGGAUGAUCCUUCACACUUAGCUCUAGCCAUAGAGAAGGAGCAGCAUCAAGAUUUUGGUUCUUCUGCUCUGUUUUUGGCUCAAAACAAUCAGUAUUUGAGUCAUAACAAUGAUCUUUUAGCUCUCGGAGAGCUAGCUACUCAGCAAAAAUUUGAUGACAAGAUUCAAACUGGUCUCUUACUCAACAGAAAAACCAGAUUCCUGAACAAGCCACCUAUCUCUUUCCAAGGAAGCAACAGUUUUGGAAAACUGAUUUCCAAAGCCAGAUUUUCGGACAACAUACCGAUCAUUCAGAGGUUCCAGCUAUGA